UAUUAAAAAAAAAAAAAAAAAAAACCACCCUCUUUUCCUAUGUCAUGAAAGAAACAGUGAAACACGGUUCAAAAGCGGAUUGAGGAAGGUACCCAAGAAAUGGGAGCUUCACUUCUAGGAAUCAAUGAAGACCCAUCUCUGAUUUCAAAUUCAUUUCCUUCAAAUCCUUUCAAAAUCUUCCCUUUCCAAUCAAAUCCUUUCAACUACAAAAAUCUCAUCUUUAACAAGGAAACCGAGAAACCCAUUUCCAACCCAAUAAUGGGAUAUUAUACCCAACCAGUAGUUCUGAUCACUGGAUGCAGCCAUGGAGGCAUAGGCUAUGCACUGGCACAAGAAUUUGCUGCAAGCAAUUGCUUAGUUGUGGCCACAAGUAGGUCCUUGAACUCCAUGAGAGACCUUGAAAACGACGAGAGAUUCUAUCUUCAAGAGCUGGAUGUUUUGUCUGAUGAGAGCGUGCAACAUGUAAUGUCAAAUGUUCUUGAGAAGUACGGGAGAGUUGAUAUUUUGGUUAAUAAUGCUGGAAUUCAAUGUGUUGGCCCUCUUGCUGAAGUGCCUUUACCUGCCAUGCAAAACGCUUUCAAUACUAAUGUCUAUGGUCCCAUAAGAGUUAUUCAAGCUGCUGUGCCUCACAUGGCAUCUAGGAAAAAGGGCAAAAUAGUAAAUGUUGGAAGUGUUACGGUAAUGGCUCCUACCCCAUGGGCUGGUGUUUACACUGCAACCAAAGCUGCUCUUCAUGCACUGACAGACACCUUGAGGUUGGAACUCAAGCCUUUAGGGAUCGAUGUCAUCAAUGUUGUUCCAGGAGCUGUUAAAUCAAACAUAGGAAAUUCUGCUAUAGCCAGCUACAACCAUAUGCCUGAGUGGAGGUUAUACAAGCCAUUUGAAGGUGCAAUCAAGGAUAGAGCAUAUUUUUCACAAGGAACAAGGUCCACCCCUGCCAAAGAAUUUGCAAGGAAUACUGUAGCUGCUGUACUCAAGAAAAAUCCACCUGCUUGGUUCUCAUCAGUGAAGCUGCGCCAAAUUCAAUAAUUUUGGUGAACACUUGGUCAUCCUGCUCAUCCGGUCACUGGCAGAAGUAGCCCUAAAUGAGUUAACGUUUCUAACAAGUCUAUGGUAAUGGAGACUGCUCGUUCUGUGCCUCGACCAGUUUGUAUUUUUGAUAGUUUAAUAGUUUAAGUAUUAUGAUCUCAGGAGAUUUUAAAGAAUUUCUCUUUUCAAAAAUGAGAAAUGAAUAAAAUAUCAAAAUAUAUAUUUUUUUUUACCCGAAGAUAUUUUGUUUGGGUGAAGAAGAAUUCCCCUUCCCAGUGGCUGUUUCCAUUGCUGUUUGAGAUAAUUUUUGUUUAAUUGUUUUCAGAUUUCUGUAUGUUGUAGAUCUCAGUAAAGCUGAUCUAUCACAAACAAAAUUUCAAAAUACUCAGAAAAGUUAACCCUGCCCUAAAAAAGCGGUCACAGUGAUUAUACUAUCUACCCACCUAAAGGUGAUCAAGAAUGGGGAGGGUGCCCGUAAUACACCAUCCCAGGUGGCUGCAGGGGUCGAAAACUAGGAGGUCCUGGGGCUUGUUGAGUUAAGGGCAUUGGUUGUUGCUGGGGUAUUGGGGCUUGCUGUUGUGCCAGUGGCAUUGGUUGCUGCUGAGUUAUUUGAGAUGGUUGUUGAUUCAAAGGCACCAUUGGACUCACCACAUAGGGUGGGGGUGGCAGCGGCCCUGGAGGCAAGGGAGAAAUACUACCAUAACCAUAUGGUGUAAUAAUACCCCCUGAUGGUUGCAUAUAUUGUUGGGAGGGUGGGUUUGGAAGCAUGUGAUAUUGAGCUUGAGAACUGGGGGCCUGAUUCUGCAUGGUUGGUGGGGCUAACAUAACUGACUGAUAUGAAUGGUUAGAUGGAGCAGUCAGUGACUGUGCUGGCAUAAAAACAUUGGGAUCUGAAAUGGGCAAGGACUUCUCAGGCUUUGAGUUCUUCGUUAAACCAGCACUCUUCGCUUCUUCAGCUGCAAAUGUGGAAAGAACAGAAUGCAUAAUCAGUUGAGAGGAGCUGGAAGCUGCAAGCUUAUCUGCUACUUCAGCAGCAAUGGCUGCAGCUGAUCUCUUAGUUGUUUUUCCUGUUGCAUUUGUAUCAACCGCUUGUGUUGUGGAAGUAGAUGCCCUGGGUACAUAAUCUUCAUCA